AUGACGCGACCUAGUGCAGUCUGGUUGGCGCACAAGUCGUCGAACCCUACCCAUAUUGCGAAAUGCCUACCCCGGAUGGUCAGUCCUACAAGUCCUCUGAGCGCUCGCACCCUCCUCCUCCUCCUCCUCCUCCUCUGAGCAAUUCACUAACCCCUACCGCUGAUCCCUAGUCCUGGGCCCCAGCGAAUCUCUACAACCUCUAUCAACGCACGUACGGCCCGCCCACAUCGGACACCAAGUUUACCAAAUCGAGCCUGACGCUCUUCCAACAAAAAUGGAAGGCCAAACAACUCGCCCGGGCUUAUCACGGCGAUUGGAUCACCGAAGGCACCUUCAAGAAGCAAUUUCUACCCGAUUCGUUGCCGCCUAUCAUUGGGGUCAAAUCGGCUUUGGCCGUAGGUGGGCCAGCGAGGAAUGCCGGGACGAGGACUGCAGCUUCGGCGCGAGGAAGGGAUUCGAACCUCAAGACUUCGGAAAGGGUUCCGUUGGCGAGCUUGAUGUUUGCCGAGAUCGAGAAGAGGUUGGAUACGGUCGUUUUUAGGUGUUGUUUCGCCCAUUCGGUGUAUAAGGCUAGGAUGAUGGUCGUGCAUGGCAAGGUUAGCGUCAAUGGGGUCAAGGUACGUUCUUGGAUCGGUGACGGGUGGGUCAGGGAGGAUGGGUGGAAGGGGGGUACUGAUCUGAUGGGUGGGAAUGGCGUACAGUGUACGAAUGCAAACACGAGGUUACAACCCGGGGAUCUCAUCUCGGUCCUCCCUUCGGCCGUCACGACGCUCAAACCGGCCAAACCCGUCGAGGAACCCGUCGUCGCCCCUGCAGCAGACACCGAAGCCUCGGAUGCUGUCAAAGCCGACGAAACGACAUCCAAAUCGUCCUCUGCACCCUCCACAACACCAAUAGAAACCUCUACCUCCGCCUCUAGUCCUCCCGCUCCCUCCAAGCUCCCCCCACCCCCUUCCACCGGUCCUCAACCGCUUGAAUUCGAUCUCCCCGAUUUCGCCGCUCCCUUCCUGUUCAUCCCUCCUUACCUCGAAGUCUCAUGGACGACCUGUUCGGCCAUCUAUUUGCGUCAUCCGACGGCCGCACCUGGGUUGAGCGAGGUGCCGAGUCCUUAUGAGGCCGACGGGGAGGUGAUGAGAUUGACCUGGGUGAGUCUCGACGCCUGACUGGAUUUUGGGGGGUAGACCGAGCCUUUCGAGUGCUCAUGCUUGGAUUCUUCUGUUCGAUUCCAGGAAUAUUACUCGGGCUUGGGUAGGAAGGGGGAUAAACGACCUGCCAAGUUGGUCGGGAAGAGGUUAGGAGCUUGA